AUGCUGAAAUGUUUUAUAAUUGUUGUUCUUUACUUCAUCAUUAUUAAUGGUGAUUCUAACGAUGAUGUUAAAAAACUGAAAGAAACACUGAAUCAAGGAGGAAAAGUGAAACAACACACUAUUAAUAUUGUUACUGAGCGUCAUCAUUCUGCUAAAGAUGAUGCCAGCAAGGACAAUGCCGACAAAUUAAAAGGAAAAACCUCUGAAACACACAAAGCUGGUAAAAAAUCGGCAGGAACUGCUAAAGCAACGUCAGGCAAAAACCUUGACGCGACCAAGAAAGCAGAUAAAGAACUGAAGAAAAAAGCUAGUGAGAGCACAGAAAACUUAAAACAUCAAGCUAGUCAAGCAGCCAAAUCAAAUAAGAAAAAAAAUGAAAAAGUCGUCGAAAAGGCAUCCGACCAACAUGAAAAGGAGAAACAUACAACAAGUGAUACCAGUGAAAAUAUAAAAUUGACUGUUGAAGAAACUCAAGAGCAAGAAGAAAAAACAAAUGAUGGUUUCGUUGGUAAAUUUUUUCAUAUGUUUGAAGAUGUUAAAAAUUCAAUUUUUGAACCUGUAGGAUUAUCAUCAAAUACUGCUUCUGAUGCAACUGACAAAACUACACCAAAUCCGGAGGAAGUUUCUGAUACAGUGAAGAAAGCAGCCGGAAAAGCUAAAAAGAAAGUAAAAGAAACAGCUGAUCUUUAA